AGAGCGGUCUCGACCGGCCAAGUCCCGAUGCCGCUAAGCCCCGGGCAGGGCCCCCGCGCCGACAACUUUUAGUUAUUCGCGAACGUAGUUAACGUGAAAACCUCACCGCACCCCCGGCAUGUGUAAUGGUGCUCGUUAUUUCCUUCAAGUUCACAUUUCAAGUGCAAAGUUUUUGGUGAAAAAAAUUGUAUACAUAUAAUUGAACGACAGAAUUGUAAACAAUUCAUCGAGCAUUCGAUCCCGAAUCACCUCGACUACAGUAACUGUUACUUAUUCUUGGAUUUUGUUGAUUGUGUGAUUGUCCAGAUUCAGGAAUUUUUUUUUCACGCCACACGCAACGACAAAUUCACCAUUUUUUGGAUAAAUUCAACGAACUGAGGAAGGGGCACAGUAUGAGCCCGGCGCUGGACAACGCGCCCUACCCCAACGAACUAAUAACAUCCUGGUGGACGAUUAUACACCGUCGCGGAUCAACAGAUACCGAGGUGGCACUCAAAUACAAAAGAGAAUGACUCAGAGGGAGGAUGUGCUCAAGUUUGAGCAGGGGAGGAUAAAGGCCCUGCAGGAGGAGCGUCUGCAUAUUCAGAAAAAGACGUUUACAAAAUGGAUCAACUCAUUUUUACUCAAGGCACGAAUGGAAGUGGAGGACCUGUUCACAGAUUUAGCAGACGGCAAGAAACUACUGAAACUCCUGGAAAUCAUAUCCGGUGAAAGACUGGCAAAGCCGAACAAUGGACGUAUGCGAGUACACAAGAUCGAGAACGUGAACAAGUCCCUGGCGUUCCUGCACACAAAGGUGAGACUAGAGAGCAUAGGGGCUGAGGACAUUGUUGAUGGAAAUCCAAGACUAAUACUUGGACUCAUAUGGACCAUUAUUCUUCGAUUUCAAAUACAAGAAAUUGAGAUUGAUGUUGAUGAGGAGAAUGAGAGCAGUGAAAAGAAGUCAGCGAAGGAUGCCUUGUUGCUGUGGUGUCAAAGGAAGACCAAUGGAUAUCCAGAUGUCAAUAUUCAAGAUUUUACAGGAUCCUGGCGAAGUGGUCUCGGCUUCAACGCUCUCAUCCACGCUCACCGUCCAGAUUUGGUUACCUGGUCCGAACUCCAACAAGGAAAACACAUUGACAAUCUCAAUUACGCCUUCGAUGUUGCUAAUUCAGAGCUUGGAAUACCACGACUGUUGGACGCCGAGGACGUUGACACUGCUCGACCCGACGAAAAAUCAAUCAUCACCUACGUUGCCUCCUACUAUCACACCUUCGCCCGAAUGAAGAAUGAAAUAAAAUCUGGCAAAAGAAUAGCAAACAUUGUCGGCCAAAUGAUGGACGCCGACAAAAUGAAAAUUCAUUAUGAAAAACUUACGGCAAAUCUGCUUGAAUGGAUAAAACACAAAAUAAUGGUAUUGGAGAAUCGAAAUUUUCCAAAUUCACUGGAGGGUAUCCAGCGUGAAUUACUAGGAUUUAAGCAGUACCGUACAGUUGAGAAACCACCAAAGUAUAAAGAACGUUCAGAAAUUGAAGCCUUAUACUUCCACAUUAAUACACAGCUCAAAUCACUCAAUCAACCUGCAUUUAUUCCUCAAGAGGGUCAACUAGUGCAGGACAUUGAGAGAAAUUGGGUGGAAUUAGAGCGGGCUGAGCAUCGACGAGAAGUUGCUUUGCGUACCGAAUUACUUCGUCAAGAGAGACUUGAGCAAUUGAACUACAAAUUUGAGAAAAAAAGCGUAUUACGCGAAGGCUACCUCAAAGAAAUGAUUCAAGUUCUCUCGGAUCCUCGAUACGGCAGCAAUUUGGCUCAAGUAGAUGCAACAGUGAAAAAACACGAGGCGAUAAGCGCUGACAUCUUGGCACGUGAGGAGAGAUUUCAUGACUUGACCAAUAUGUCAGAAGAACUUGUACGAGAGAAUUAUCACGGUCUUGAGCGGGUAAGAUCACGCGAGCAAGAAGUGUUGGAGAGAUGGAGAGGGCUUUUAGCACUUCUCGAUCAUCAUAAAUCCAAUUUAGCAGCUCUAUGUUCAUUGAUGUCCCUCAUGAGAGAAAUUGACACGACAUUAGCAACGAUUCAAGAAUUACAGCUUAAUUUCCAAAGCACAGACGUUGGCCCACAUCUGCUUGGUGUUGAAGAUCUCCUCCAGAAACACAGCCUUCAGGAGCUCCAGGUCACAGCACUCGGUGAAACCCAACGUAGACUAGGCAGACAAGCUGCCCAGCAUUUGGCACAACCACUGAGCAAAGAAGCUCCGUUACUUCAACAAAAACUCGAGAGACUCAACAGCACUUACGAUGAUCUUGUUGAGAAUAGUAAGGAAAGAAAGGCACGUUUGGAAGACGCCAGGAAUUUCUUUCAUUUUUUGCAGGAUCACGAGGAUGAGGAAUCGUGGUUAGUUGAAAAACAACGUAUUUGUAAAGCUGGUAUUUCAGCUAAAGAUUUACGAGCUGUCAUAUCUCUGCAACAAAAACAUAAGGCUUUACAAGAUGAGAUCAAAGUACGUAGGCCGAAAUCUGAGCAAUUGUGCAAUGCUGGAAAGAAAUUGAUUGGUGAUAAUCAUCCAUCAUCACUCGAAAUACAGAAUCGAAUAGAAUCAUUGCAGGAGCACUGGAAGGUACUCGAGGAGUUGGCAGCAUUACGUAAAAAACAGUUGGACGAUGCUGCUGAGGCAUUCCAGUAUUAUGCUGAUGCUAAUGAGGCUGAUUCGUGGAUGAAUGAGAAAAUGGCAUUGGUGGCAUCAGAGGAUUACGGAGUUGAUGAGCCCAGUGCUCAAGCCUUACUCCAGAGGCACAAAGAUUUACAGGGUGAACUGAAUGCCUAUAAAGGUGAUGUUCAAUCGUUGAAUAGCCAAGCUGACAAACUCAUUCGAGCUGGAAUAUCUGCCCUGGAACUUUCAGCAGAUCCAGAGCCCGUUGCUGAACUUGAACAAGAGGAAUGGAGUAAGGAAGUACGCCUGGUACCGCAAGAUGAGUGGGUGGACGAAAUAAUUGAACGUAUUGAGCCUAAAACUAUACUUGAGGAUAGAUUAUUUCCACAGGUAAAGAGUUUGUAUCCAUUUAGUGGUGAGGGUACGCACAUGGUCAAAGGUGAAGUCAUGUUUCUCAUGAGUAAAACGAAUAACGACUGGUGGAACGUCAGAAAAGCCGACGGCUCCGAUGGUUAUGUGCCUGCUAAUUAUGUACGGGAAAUUGAGCCAAAAGUAAUACAGGUGCAAGUCAAAAGACCGGAGAAAGUGCGUGUUACACAGCGAGUUAAAAAAACAAAAAUGGUUAAUCAAGUGAUACCAGUUAGAAGAGUUAAAUCAAUAAAAUCAACAGUGAAACCGAUAAAACGUAAGACUGUAAAUGACAGUGAUAAUGUUGAAAAAAGACAGAAAAGAAUCAAUGAUACGUACAAUGAGCUCUGUCAAUUAUCAACAAAACGUCAUGCACUAUUGGAAGAUGCAAUAAGGCUUUAUGGAUUCUAUCGUGAGUGUGAUGAUUUUGAAAAAUGGAUUAAAGAUAAGGAAAAGAUGUUGCGUGCUGACGAUUCCAAGGAUAAUGUUGAAACUGCCAAGAGAAAAUACGAAAAAUUCUUGACAGAUCUUUCAGCAUCGGGAAAGCGGGUUGAAGCUAUUGAUGCUGCUGUUGCUGAUUUUGUUAAACAGGGUCACAGCCAAUUGGACAAAGUUAAAGCACGACAGAGGCAUAUUCAUCAACUGUGGGAUCAUCUCAACUGGCUAAAGACACAAAAAGAAAAAUCUUUAGAAGGAGCAUCUAGUGUAGAAUUGUUUAAUCGUACAUGCGAUGAAGCUCACGAUUGGAUGCUUGAAAAAAUAACUCAAUUGGACACUGCGGAAUUAGGGCCAGACUUGAAGACAGUUCAAGCACUUCAGCGCAGACAUCAACAUUUAGAGAGAGAGCUAGCUCCUGUAGAGGAGAAAGUACGAAAAGUCAAUCUUCUCGCGAAUAGUGUGAAAUCUUCGUAUCCAAACGAGCACAAUAACGUUAAUGCAAGGCAAAAUCAGAUCAAGGAACUGUGGCAUAAAGUGCAGACUAAAGCUAAGGAGCGUAGAUCAAGAUUGGAAGAUGCUGUGGGACAGCAAAUUUUCAUGAACAGUUCGAAAAGUCUCAUUCACUGGGCAUCGGACAUUCAAGAAGCUAUGAAAGCCGAAGAACCAGUUCGUGACGUGGCUACGGCUGAAAAACUCCAAAAACAGCACACAGAACUCGGUGAAGAGGUAAAAACACGCGAGGAUGAGUUCCGGGAAGUUGAAGAUCUGGGUAAUCAGCUGCUACAUAGAAAUCCAGCUUUGCAUGAUGUAGGUGAACGUUUGGAUAAAUUACAUGGUCUUUAUCAAGCAGUGACGUCAGAUUGGAACGCCAAAGAGGAGUGGCUACGUCAGUGUUUGGAAUUACAGCAAUUUAAUCGGGAAGCUGAUCAAAUUGAGGCAACUACGAGCUCCCACGAGGUGUUUUUGGAAUUUACAAAUCUUGGUGAGUCCCUCGAUGAUGUUGAAGCACUGCUCAAGCAGCACGAGAAAUUUGAGAAUACUUUGCACGCCCAAGAUGAACGCCUCAAGGCUUUCAGUGAUACAGCUGAUCGAUUGAUAGCACAGAAGCAUUAUGAUAAGGAUUACAUCAAUGAUAAGAGGAAUCAAGUGCUCUCUAGGAGGGCUGCUGUCAAGGAUGAGGCACAAACACGAAGAGCUGCUCUCAAAGCUUCGGAAAAUUAUCAACAAUUUUGCGCUGAAGUUGAUGAUCUCAGAGAUUGGCUUGGAGAUAAGAUGAAAGUUGCGUCGGAUGAGAGUUACAGGGAUCUCAAUAAUCUUGAAAGAAAACUUCAAAAGCACGAGGCUUUUGAAAGAGAAUUGAGGGCCAAUGAGGGACAACUGCGUGCUGUUAAUAAAGCUGGAAAAGCUCUCAUCUCAGAGCAGAAUUAUCGAUCUAAUGAUGUCGGAGAUACACUGAAGGAUUUGAAUGAUCAGUGGAGCCAAUUGGUUGCUCUAUCUCUGGAGAAGGGGAGAAGACUCAGGCAAGCUGCUUCACAGCACGGCUACAACAGGACCAUGGAGGAUGCUAGGUUGAAGUUGGAGGAAAUUGAAAAUUCGUUGCAAAGUAAACAAGUGGGGACGGAUUUGAGAAGUUGUAAGGAGCUACUGAAGAAGCAUCAGAUUUUGGAGACUGAUAUGUGCCAGUGGGAGCAGAAAGUCGAUGAUUUGGUGGCCAUGGGUGAGGAGAUGGCGCAUGAGGGACAUUUUGAUGCGCCCAAUAUUUUGAAGACUAGCCAAGCAACGCAGAAAAAGUUUCGAAGUUUGAAAGAACCAGCUAAAAAGCGACGAGAUGCUUUGGAAGAGAGCCUUCGUUUCCAUAAAUUUGGAUUCGAACUUGAUGCAGAGUUGCAAUGGAUUAAGGAUCAUUACCCUCAAGCAUCAUCAACAACCCUUGGGCAAAAUCUUCAUCAAGCUCAGACACUCCAUAAGAAGCAUAAGAAGUUGGAAGCUGAAAUCGUUGGUCAUCAACCAAUGAUCGAUAAAACUCUGGCAACUGGGCAAUCACUGAUCGAUCAGACUCAUCCAGAACGAAAAAAGAUUCAAGAACUCUGCGAGGAGCUGGAUGAGGCUUGGAAAGACCUGCAGGAGAAAGCACUAGAGCGUAGUCGCGCUCUGGACCUCUCUCUCAGGGCACAAGAAUUUUUCUUCGAAGCUGGUGAAGUCGAGAGUUGGUUGGGCGAAAAGAACGACGUACUGAGUUCAACGGAUUACGGAAGGGAUCGCGACGCUGCGACAAAAUUACUCACAAAGCACAAGGCCAUGGAACUAGAAUUAGACUCUUACAACGGCAUCGUCACUGAAAUGGGUCACACAGCAGGUGCUAUGGUGAACGCUAAGCACCCUGAUAGUAAAGCCAUAGCAAGCAAACAGCAAGUGAUUGCCCAGCAGAUGAGAGCACUCCAGAGACUGGCGACUACUAGACAACAACGAUUAAUGGAGAGUAUGUAUCGUCACGAGUACUUCCUGGAGAGUAGAGAGUUAGAACAGUGGAUCAAGGAGCAGGAGCAAGCUGCUGCCUCGGAGGAUUAUGGACAGGAUUAUGAACAUUUGUUGAUCCUUCAAGCGAAAUUCGAUGAUUUCAAGCAUAGGAUCGAGGCGGGAUCAGAGAGGUUCAAUCAGUGUGAGGAAUUGGCCAAAAAAUUGAUCACCAACGAGAGUCCUUAUAUUCAAGAUAUUGAAAAACGCCAGGAACAACUUGGAGGUGAUGAGGAUAAUCCUGUUGCUCAGGUGCAGAGACUGCAUCAACAUAUGUGGGAAUCUUGGCAGCAUCUUCUCGGUUUAAUUCGCCACCGUGAGCAACGUCUCCAAGCAGCUGGAGAAAUUCACAGAUUCCAUCGUGACGUGGCUGAAGCACUGUCUCGAAUUCAAGAGAAAGAGGCAGCCCUCCCCGAAGACCUAGGGCGUGACUUGAACUCUGUAUUAGCCCUCAUCAGACGUCACGAGGGCUUCGAAAACGAUUUAGUAGCCCUCGAGGCUCAACUUCAGGUUCUAGUGGAAGAUGCCUCCAGACUCCAAGCUCUAUACCCCGGAAAUAAUGCCGCUCAUAUCGAUCAACAACAGCUAAUUGUCUUAACAAACUGGGAGGAACUGAAAGAGAAGUCAGCUCACAGACGGGACCAGCUGCAAGCAAGUUGUGAUCUUCAACGAUUCUUAACACAAGUUCGUGAUUUGAUGAAUUGGGCAGCUGGCCUGCGUGCUGCGUUAUCCACUGAAGACAAAGUUCGCGAUGCGGCGAGUGCGCAGAUCUUGAAAGCAGAGCAUGAAGGAAUCAAAGGUGAAAUCGAAGCUAGGGAAGACAGUUUUAGUGCUGUACUCGAUUUGGGUGAGGCUAUGGUGCAAACCGGUCAUUAUGCAGCACCAGAAGUUGAAGAGAAAUGCAAUCAAUUAUUGGACGAACGUCAGAAGCUUCACACAGCCUGGCAACAAAAGAAAGUCCACUUGGAUCAAUUGAUUGAUCUCCACUUUUUCCUCCGAGAUGCGAAACAACUGGACAAUUUGUCAGCUACUCAAGAAGCUGCUCUGAGCAAUGACAACUUCGGUGUGUCUGUUGAAGAAGUCGAUGUGCAGAUGAAGAAACACAACGAAUUUGAAAAGCUUCUAGUCACUCAGGACGAGAAAUUGGCAGCUCUACAAGAACAUGGAGACAAACUUUUGGCUCAAAAUCAUUUCGAUUCACCAACGAUUGCGCGUAGACUGUGUGAAGUAUCUGAAAAACGGGCUAAGAUUCGAGAUUUGUGCGAUGGAAGGAGAAAGAGAUUGGCUGCUAGUCUUCUGCAUGCACAGUUUAUAAGGGAUGUUGGCGAGGCUGAGUCAUGGAUAGGUGAGAAGCAAAAAAAACUUGAGGCUGAAGCAUCGAAGGGUGAAGUCUCUAGUCUAGAAGACAAAAUAAAGAAAUUGCAAAAGCACCAGGCAUUCCAAGCUGAAUUAGCAGCGAAUCAAAGUAGGAUCGAGGAGAUUCGUACCAAGGGAGAACAAUUGUUAGCUCAGAAGCAUCCAUCAGCUGGGGAAAUUCGAGCUCAGCUGGAUCAGCUUCACGGUACUUGGAGGAAACUAUUGUUAGUCUCCGGCAAUCGAGGAAGGGGUCUGGAGGAAGCUCAAGAUAUGCUUGAAUUUAACAAUCAGGUGGAGAAAAUUGAGGCCUGGAUACGAGACAAAGAGAUGAUGGUUCAGGCUGGAGAUGCUGGGAAAGAUUAUGAGCAUUGUCUCAGUCUUCAAAGAAAGUUGGACGAUGUUGACAGUGAUAUGAGGGUCGACGAUACCAGAAUUAAGACCAUCAAUGCACUCGCAGAUAAAUUGAUAAAGCAAGGACACGAUGUCGAGUCAAAACCCAUUCAACAACGUCGAGAUAAUUUUAAUAAUAAAUGGAAAGGUCUGCAGGGUGCACUGAGUGCUUACAGGGACAUUCUAGCUGGUGCACUUGAGAUUCAUUUAUUCAAUCGUGAUAUCGAUGACACCAGCCAACGAGUGAUUGAAAAAUCCCUCGUGAUGAAUACUCAAGACGUUGGAAAGGAUUUGGUAGCUGUCGAACAUCUCCAGAGAAAGCAAGAAGCGAUGGAACGAGAUAUGACAGCUAUAGAAGGAAAACUUAAAGAGCAUCGAUUAGAAGCAGAAGAACUCUCUCGCAAAUAUCCAGAAAAUGCACGCGAUAUAAAAACAAUGCUACACAAUUUACAAUCAAACUGGGAUGAUCUGCAACACCUGACGAAGCACAGGCGUGAUGCAUUGAAUCAGGCCUAUACACUUCAUAAAUUCUUGGCUGAUUUGCAUGAGGUCGAAAUUUGGGUUAAUGAUACAAUUAAGCGAAUGAACGAGUCCGAAGCUCCAACAACGAUUUCUGAAGCCGAAGCCCUUCUAGAGCUCCAUCAGGAACGAAAAGCUGAAAUUGAUGGACGACAGGAUACAAUAAAAUUGCUCAAUGAACAUGGGAAAAAAUUAGUGGCAAUUGAUUCUGAUAUCAAGGGGAGUUUAGGACAUUUGGAACAGUUGAGAACUGGUUUGAUGAACGCUUGGGAAGAGAGAAGAGAAAAAUUACUACAGGCCUAUCACUUGCAGCAGUUUAAAGAACAAGCUGAUCAGGCUGAUAGCUGGUUAGCAACUAAGGAAGCAUUCCUCAACAAUGAUGAUCUCGGAGAAUCUUUAACAGGUGUAGAAACCCUUAUAAGGAAACAUGGAGAAUUUGAAAAAAUGCUGACAUCACAACUCGGAAGAAUCGAUGAAUUAGAAACGUUUGCCAACGGAAUUCUGGCAGAAAAUCCGUCGGAUGCAUCAAUCAUCAAACAGCGAUUGAGCACAGUUUGCAGUAGACGAGAUAAAUUGAAGAAUAACGCUGGAGGGAGGAUGAAGAAACUAAUAGAGAGUCGAGAAUUGCAUCAAUUCCUCCGCAAUAUUUACGAAGUCGAAGGUUGGUUACAUCAGAAGCAGCAAGUAGCUGGUGACGAGAGUUAUCGAGAUCCUACAAAUCUCCAGAGUAAGAUUCAAAAACACGUUGCAUUUGAGAGUGAAUUAAUGGCUAAUCGAGGGAGAAUUGCAGGCAUAAUGAGUGAAGGUGAAAAUCUUAUUGAGAAUGAGCAUUAUGCGUCCAAAGAGAUUCAGGACAGACUCGAAGAUUUGGAGUCUGAAUGGAGGAUUCUUCAGCAAACAAGUGAACUCAAGAAAAAUCGACUGAACGAUGCAUAUCAGGCUCUUCUGUUUGGCCGAACAUUGGAUGAAUUCGAAACUUGGAUGGAUGAAAUAGAGGUGCAGUUGCAGUCUGAGGAUCAUGGUAAAGAUUUGUCCAGCAUCGCCAACUUAUUAAAACGACAUACAAACCUAGAAAACGAUGUACUUGGACACAAUGAAGCUUGUGAAUCCAUCAAGGAGACAGCUAUGAAUUUCCAAAGAACAAAGCACUUCAUGUGCGAUGAAAUUCAGGAAAGGGCACAGGCUUGCAUCAGUCGAUAUCAUAGUCUGCAGGAGCCAAUCCAAAUAAGACGGGAUAAUCUCGAAGAUGCUAAACUACUCCAUCAAUUCCUGAGAGAUGUUGAAGAUGAAUUACACUGGUUAACAGAAAAAGAACCCUUGGCUGCUAGUAAUGAUCUGGGUAGUUCUCUGAUGACAGUUCAAAGAUUACAGAAAAAACAUCAAGCUCUCGAAGCUGAAUUAAUAUCACGAGAACCGGUGGUAGCUUCGUUAACCGCACGAGCUGCAGGUAUGGUGAGGAGUGGACAUUUUGCGUGCGAAAAAAUUGAAUCAGCUGCGCAACAACUGCAGAAUAAGUUAUCGCAUCUCAGAGAUCUUGCCAGUGUUCGAAAACUGAGGCUUCUGGACGCUGUUGAAUCACAAAUGUUUUAUGCUGAGGCAACAGAAGCUGAGCAGUGGAUUAAAGAAAAAUAUCCUCAAUUACGAUCCACUGAUUAUGGGAAAGAUGAAGAUUCUGUGCAGUCCCUAUUGAAGAAGCUCGAAGGCCUUGAGCGUGACCUGUCCUCCUUUGAGAGCAAUGUUGAUAACUUGAAGAAACUGUCAGCAGGACUAAUUAAUAGACAUCACUUUGACAGCAAAAAUAUUGGACAGAAGCAAAAGGAAAUUGAGCAAAAGUUUACUGAGCUCAACAAAUUGAAAGAUUUGCGACUUCACAGAUUAUUAGAGAGUGAGAAGUUGUUCAAGUUUAUGCGACAAGCUGAUGAAGUGAACGAAUGGAUCAGUGAUCAAACAACAGUUGCAGCUUCAGAGGAUUAUGGAUCAGACGUUGAGCACGUUGAACUCCUUAUUCAAAUUUUCGAUAACUUUUUAGCUGGAUUAACUACCAGUGAAAACCGCAUUUUGGGAGUGAUUGAUGCUGGUGAGACCUUAAUCAAAGAACAGAAUCCAGAGGCCAGUAAAAUUCGUGGCAAAAUAGACGAGACAAAACAACAAUGGGAUGAUUUGAAGGAGUUGGCUCAUGCGAGACAAGAGGCACUCGCUGGUGCUAAACAAGUUCACAUGUUCGAUCGAACAGCUGAUGAAACAAUUACAUGGAUCCAGGAGAAAGAAGCUAGUCUCAGUUCUGAUGGAUAUGGACACGAUCUAGAGACAAUUCAGGCUCUAGUGAGAAAGCAUCAAGGGUUCGAGACUGAUCUAGCUGCGGUUAAGGAGCAAGUUGAGUCGGUAAUGACUGAAGCUUUGAGAUUAGCUGACUUAUUCCCAGACGCUAGGGAACACAUUGCUGUUAAACACGAGGAGGCUGAUGAAUCUUGGAAUGAUCUUCUGGAGAAAGCAGCUCAGAGGCGAAGUAAAUUAGCACAAGCUGAACAGCUUGAAACUUAUUUUGAUGAGUACAGAGAUCUUGUCUUCUGGAUUAAUGAAAUGGUGGCCAAAGUAACAGCUCCUGAGCUUGCUCGUGAUGUUCCAGGUGCUGAGGUUCUUAUAUCCAGGCAUAAUGAGUACAAAGUAGAGAUUGAUUCACGUCAAGAUGCAUUCAAUAAAUUCCAUCUAGUUGGUCGGGGCUUAAUCGAAGAUGGUCACUUUUUAGCUAAAGAAAUUCAAGAAAAAAUUUCAGUACUGGAACAGAGGAAAAAUGUGCUGACAGACACUUGGGAGCAAAGGAAAUUAAUAUACGAGCAGAAUCUAGAUACCCAAUUGUUCAAGCGUGAGGCAGAAACAUUGGAGAACUGGAUAAUAAGCAGAGAACCCAUGUUGCACGAUGGUAAUCUUGGUGAAACAAUUCCUCAGGUUGAGGACUUGAUACGCAAACACGAGGACUUUGAGAAAACCAUAGAAGCACAAGAAGACAAAUUCGAGGCAUUGAAACGAAUCACGAUGCUGGAGCAUGCUUUCCGUAAACAACAGGAAGCUGAAGUAGCUGCUAGGCAAGCGGAAAAGGAGCGAGUUGAGCGUGCAAGAAUUGAAGAGCGUAAACGGAAGGAGGUGCAAAGGAUCACUGAAGAGCGUAAACGUGAGGAGGAGCGAAGAAGAAUGCAAGACAGUCCUCACCACAGACCUCACGAUGAAAUAAACGGUAAAUCUGAGGAUCACGAAUCUUCGAGUACAUUGUCCCCACUAAAGAAUAGCAAUGCUACUUCAGAAGUUGUCGAAGUAUCUGGGCAUAAAUCUCAUGGAUUUUCUCACGUAUUCGGUGAUCGAUUGAAAAGGACAACUCCAGACAUCAAGCGAGCUGAAAGCAUGAAAAUCGAUACCAAGAAACCGAAACGAACACCUAGUUUUACCACUCGAAGACGCACUCAGAGUUUCAGAAAGCAUCAAAAAAUGGAGAACAUGGAUCCAUUGAGACCAGUUGAAAUUCAGGGUCUUUUAGAACGCAAACACGAGUUACAGAGUGGAGGUAAAAAGGCAGCUGUUCGAUCGUGGAAACAGUACUUUACUGUUUUAUGUGGGCAGUUGUUGUGCUUCUUCAAGGAUUACAGUGAUUUUUCGUUGAGCAAAGCUGCAACAGCACCUAUUACCAUAUUCAAUGCAACAUGCGAAAAAGCUGAAGAUUAUACCAAACGAAAACAUGUGUUUAGACUGAAGUGCACGGAUGGCUCAGAAUUUUUAUUCCUCGCUUCAAAUGAUCAGGAAAUGGAGGACUGGGUUAAUAAAAUUUCAUUCCAUGCCAAAUUACCACCGAGUCUGCAGCUGUUGAGGUACGAUGAGACCCAGAAAGAUGGAGCUGAAAGAUUACAGAGUCAAACUCCUGAUAUUAUUGGUGACGACAAUGCCUCCACCGAGAGUAGUCGAGCAUCUACUCCCGAAUUGGAGAGGAAAAAUUCUGUAAUUCGUCGUGAUGUUACAGAACAGCCAAAUGUUCAGGUGGAAUUCCUUCAGAAGCACAAGCAAAAUCAACAGUUGAGGGAGCCCAAGUCUCUGGAGUUUGUUGAGCCACCCAGAAUACCUGAGACACAGACGCAAACCGAGUUCUUGCAGAAACACAGACAGCAGCAGCUUCUGGCCCAGCAACUCCUUCAGCAGGAGCAGUUGGCCAUUCAGAGGGAUUAUCAUUCUCCCCCGGGGGAGAAACCACCUAUACCUCCUAGGGGAGCACCACCCCCUGUGCCAGCUAGAUCACCAAGUACAGAAAACGUCUUGCCAAUGAGGAGAAAUGAUAUCGAACAUCAUUUACCCGUUAGCAGACCUCAGUCAUACCAACAGCGAAGCUCUACGGUAAAUUAUAAUGGAUCAGGACAGCAUCCAACUGCUGAUAGCUGGCAUCGACAGAGCAGUGUUGAUUUUACUUCUUCUCCAGAUUUUGUAGAAGUAGCACCUCCCCUGCCAUCAAGUGCUCCGCCGCCACCCAGGAUGGCGCAAAGGGACACUCAUGACUCCGGAUAUGGAAGUACAAAUCCCAACCUGAGGCAGACUGGACAGCAGCAUCUCAAUUCAUUCACGGGUCGUCCAACUUCCCUACCACCGUAUGUCGCCCCACCACCAGCUAUUUCUCCAGUAAGUCAAAGCAUCUCAGUUGUUGAUGGGAGAAGGGCAUCUGAGAGUGGAUCAGAGAGCGAGCAGAGCAGUGGUGGUUCACGAAAGGAUCGAGAUUACAAGAGGAGCUCCGUCUUAAGUAAUUUGUUUGGCCGAAGAAAGAAGCCAUCUCAGUCGUAGCAUUCUACUUGAGAAAUGAUGAUUACAUUUGUGUACUUACAAUUGAAGAGGAUAGAGACACAAAAAGUCAUCACAACGUGAAAGGAAAUAAUGAAGGAAAUAUGUUACGAUAAUGAAUUCCAAACAUUUUUAUAUAAUCUACUAUUACUUUAUUUAUGAAUAAUUGAGGAAAGGAAAUUAAUUUUGUGUGUAAUCAAAGAACAAAAUCCGAGCAGGUGACUACAAAAGCAACUAUAAUUGUUACUUUGUUUUUAUUAAAUCGUUUGUGAUGUACCUGAUCUCGGAAAAUAGAGUUGAGAUGAAUCCAAGUUUGAUAUACAAUGAGUGAAGUAAAUAAGGAUGAAAGGAGAAAAAAACCGUAGGAUUUUUUUUUGUAGAUGACAUAAUAUAAUUCUUCCGCCGUGAACCGUUACGAAUGUUUAUAUAUAUAUAUAGAUAUAUAUAUAGAUCCAGAGAUUCCUAUAUAUUCGGUACCAAUGAUCAAUAUUGACUAUGAAUCCUCUCAAUUUUAUAUAAUCCGUGUAAUGAAACCAAUAUAUGAAUAUAGAUAUGUAUACAUUUAUUUUUUUGAGAAGAAGAGAGAAGAAACUUGGUAUUAAGCAUGUACAAUAUUUCUAGUUUAUUAACUGAUAUGGUUAACUGUAGAAAAAUAUGACACGUAUGAAAUGCAAAGAAAUAAAAUAUUCCACCUUGGAAA